GCUCCGUCCGGAUUCCCUCGUCAUUCCGGACCUCUGCCUGCCAACGUUCGGAAAAUGCAAAACCCUAAUAAAAUGUUGCACACCUGAAACACCUUCCCGCCCGACUGGAGACCUCAGAACUUCCAUCGAUGGCGUUCCUUGACACCAUUUCUCUCCAUGGCCCUACGUUCCUCUCUAAACCUCGUUCUCUACCUCCCAUAAAUCGCUCUUCCCUACCCUUCAUAAACCCUAGAAAACCCCUCCAGGUCGUCACUUGUACCUCUCCGAAGACUCUGCUUACCACCGAGCAAGAGUUCCUCAAGGCGGUGUCAGAAUCCGAAGACAAAAGCCUGCCCUGUGUGAGGUCGUACGAGAACGACUUGGCUCGGCUCACGUUGGUCGGAGCCGUAGAUUUUGAGCAGGCUCUGACGGCAGCUGCCGCCGACGGUGGUGAGGCUGCGGCUGAGCAUAUUGACGCUGAUAUGCCGGCCAUGGUGGUCGAGACUGUUUUCCCUGGUCCUUCCGAUGAGCACAGCACUGUCUCGACGCGGCUGUUUCUGCCUGCUAGAAAAGUAAAAGAGAGAGCCAAGAAGCUCAAAAGUUCACUCACUGAUGAUAUUUUGUCCAGCACCACAUCUAGAAAUAUACUUGCCAUGACAUUUAGGCAAGUAGUUCUACAACAGCUUUGGAACUUUGAAUUGAUGCUGUUUAGGCCUGGAACUGAAAGAAAUAUAGAAGAUCUUGAAAACCCAAGAGAGCAGGUUUCCAUAUAUUUCUCCCUCAGCUCCUCAGAUGAACGUGUCAUUGCUCAAAUUGCAGAAGUUGUUUGCGUUUUUGCUCUUGAAAGCACUAAAAGAAAUUUCUAUGAUAUCCCAUUAGGCCAAGCUUCAAUCAAUGUCUUCCAUUGGCUUAACAAGCCCAAGAGAAUUGUAUCAAAAGAUUCCUCUGUUGUCUUGUAUAAAUUAUUUGAAGAUGUGGUUGUAAAAAAUAUGCAGAGUCUGCUAGACAGUUUUAAUUCAAUAAAAGCAAAUUAUAAGCCUUUGGAAACAAAACCAAAGUACUUUUGGUGGACUUCAUCAGAAUACUCUAAAUUGGAAAAGAUUGGUGGCCCCAAGUUCAGUAAUUGGGCAAGCGAGUAUGUUCCUGCAUACAUGCUGCAAAUUGAUGCUGAUAAAAUUAAACACGUAAAGUUUGAAGGCUGGAAGAAAUCUGCGGAGAAUAGGUGGGAAGUUAUUUUGACUCACUACCAAAUGGUUGGACUGGCUAACAUUCUAGACAUCUUCUAUGAAGAUGUAUACACACUGCCUGAUAAAGAAUUCUCAUGUGACAUGGUUGCAAAAUUUACCAACUUUUCUAAGGGCAAGGUACUCGAGAGGUUCAAGAGAAGCUCUUCCUUGUUGAAAAUGCUGUCUGUCAUCUUUGCAAGUGGAAUUUUUCUCCUUGCCAUCAAUGUUCUGUGUCAACAUUGUCUGCCUCAUCUACACAGGGGAAGAUCAUCUCUCAGGGAACCUACUUUAUUUGUAUCAUCAGAAAUUGACUCUCCACGGUUUCAGUCUUUGGAGGCUACUGAGUUGGAAGUGUUUUGUGUUUCAAUUGUCAAAAAGAUCAAGGAUGCUUUAGGUUGGCCUGGUGAUAUAAGGACAGACAUAAAUGUUGGUGCGUGGAUUGGGGAAGUCCCCAUUUACUUGAGGGUGAGUGAAAGCGGCUUUUGCAGUGAAGACAUUUUAACUGGUUCCACUUCAUUAGAGAAAAGUAAAGCAGACAUGAAAGCAACUGCACAGGAUAUUGCUAGUUAUCAGGUGGUUUUGUCAACUAAUGGUAGGAUAGUGGGAUUCCAGCCAACAAGCCGAGUAGCUGUUAAUCACUGGGCAGCUAAUCCCUUAUCAAAGGAGCUAUAUGGUGGGAGAAAGCUUUCUCCUGGUUUUAUAGAAACUGGUCUCAAAACCCAAUGUCCAAAGGAGGUUAUCGUAAUAGAGUUGUUGAUUUCGAUAAAUCCCGAUGCACGCUUUGCACUGGCUCGGCCUGCCCAAUGAUUGCUGUUCGGUGAUACGGUGAAAACUAGUUCAUGCUGUUGAGAGGUUUGAAACUAACAAAGCUAAGUUAAAUUUAGAUUAUAUCCUACCACAGAGUUCUCCUCUGUGAAUCCCUAAACUUGCCUUUUCUUUUGUUCCCUCUAGCUUUGACAUUCCGUUAUUUAAAACUCCCAAACAGAUUGUUGAAACUUUCUCCAAGUCUUACAUAUGAAAAUUUUGGUUUUUGAAAUGUGUAUAGAGGAUGUUAAAUACAUUUGUUGUGACAUAUUCAACAAAAUUUAUUUAUUUUCAUCUCUCAUUACCAACUUUA